AUGCCUUCAUCCUACACAGUUCCCCUUUGGAUCAAUGGUUCUCCCUUCCCCACACACACCACCUCUUCGUUCCCCGUCAUAAAAUCCGUCACCGACGAAACCGUGCAUUAUGCGACCUCAGCAUCACCCACCCAAGCCCUCCUCGCUGUCUCCUCCGCAAAAACUGCUUUCAAACCCUGGAAACACACAGCCCACACCAUCCGUCGCGACCUCAUCCUCCGCGUCGCCGCCCACUACGAAGCUCACACCCCCUCUUUCAUCCAACACCAAAUCUCUGAAACAUCCUGCGACGAAGCCUGGGCGCGUCUAAACGUUGACCUCUCUAUCCGGUACCUAAAAGAAAUCGCGUCCUGCAUCUCUAGCAUCACAGGCGUGAUCCCCCAAAUUGAGAAACCGCACACCAUGGGUUUUGUAUUCAGAGAGCCAAUUGGACCAGUCUUAUGUAUCGCGCCUUGGAACGCUGCGCUGAUUUUAGCAACGCGGGGAGUUGCGAGUGCAAUCGCGGCGGGCUGUACGGUGGUUUUUAAAGCGAGUGAACUGUCUCCCCGCACGCAUUUUGCGAUUACAGAGGCAUUUACGGAAGCCGGCGUUCCCCCUGGUGUGCUGAAUCAGAUUCAGGUAAGACGGGAAGAUGCUGCGGAAGUUACGGAGACGUUGAUUGCUAAUGAAGCAAUUCGGAAAGUCGAAUUCAUUGGGUCUGCGGCUGUAGGGAGGGUUAUUGGACAGCUGUGUGCGAAGUAUCUGAAGCCUGUGUUGAUGGAGUUAGGGGGGAAGUGUCCUGCUAUUGUCCUCGAUGAUGCAGAGCUUGAGGAAGCGGCAAAGUUGUGUGCAUUAGGUGCGGUUUUGCAUCAUGGCCAGAUUUGCUUUUCUACGGAGCGAAUUAUCGUUCAUCGGGCUGUGGCGGAGCAGUUUCAAGAACUGUUGAUCAAGGCUAUGCAGGGCAUUAGCGGCCAGGCUGGAGCGGCAGUUACGGAGGGAAUAGCAAGGCAUGCUGAAGAUGUGCUCAAAGACUCUCAAGCAAAGGGAGAUAAAUUCCUCGUCGGUGGUGUAGAACACAACGGACCACUUUCCCUCAAACCGACUAUUGUUCUGGAACCCAAGGACUCUCGAAUCGUAGACGAAGAGACAUUCGGCCCGUCCGCUUCCUUGUACGUGGUCCAAAAUGACGAAGCAGCCAUCGAGCUCGCCAAUCGCUCGGCAUAUGGUCUCAAUGCGACGAUCUGGAGUACUAACAUGGAGCGAGCGUUAAGGAUGGCACGGGAGCUGGAGUACGGACAAGUACAUAUAAACAGCAUAAGUGUUUACACCUCCCCGACUGCUUCGCAAGGCGGGGUGAAGGGCAGUGGCUUUGGGAGACAGAAUGCGAAAUGGGGGUUGGAAGAGUUCGUGGGUAAAGAACGACAUCAUACCACCAAAUGUGGAACAUGA